AAUAAUAAUCGAAUUGUUUCGUUUGUUUUCAAGAUGUCGGAAAUGUGUUUACGGUUUAAAGAAGUAAUAAACUAAUUUUUAAUAAAUAUUGUUUGUUGAUUGUUAUCUGUAAUUAAUCUGAGGUGUAUGUUUCUUCAGAACAUUAUCUAUGUUGUUGUAUUUAGCUGCAGUUUAAGAGGAAAAAACUCGCCAGUAUGGCUUACCACCGUCCUAGGGAUUUGGAUGGGUUCCUUCCACAUUUAUCAAAAUCAGACACCAAAUUCAGACAGCAACUUGGUGCUGACCUAUUGGCCUUUUUGGCUGAACCUUCAAAUCCGAUGACAUGCCAGGACAUUGGCCAGUUAAUUGAUGGAUUGAUACCAUGGAUGCAGAGCAGCAAUUAUAAGGUUUCCAGUAAUGGAAUUGAAAUAAUGACAUUCCUGAUAGACCGUCUGGGUCAUGAUUUUAAGCCCUACUUGCAAACAGUUUUUCCAGCGGUUAUAGACAGACUAGGUGACGCAAAGGACACAGUCAGAGAAAAGGCGCAGCUUUUGAUAUUGAAAUUAUUGGAACGUAACGUAUUAACUCCCCAAGCACUCCUUGAAAGACUUACUCCAGGUUUUACACAUAAAAACGCCAAAAUCCGCGAAGAGACGCUAAGGUGUCUAGUGAAUACAUUGAAUGAGCACGGCGCUCAGUCUGUCACAUUAAGCAAAUUCAUUCCUCAAAUAGUGAAACUAUUGUCUGAUCCUACUUCUCCUGUACGGGAUACUGCUUUUAUUACUUUGGUAGACUUGUACAAACACGUGGGAGAAAAAUUGAGAAUAGAUUUGCAGAAGCGCAAUCUAGUACCACCGUCCCGAUUGCCUGCCCUUUUAGCCAGGUUUGACGAAGUGAGAAAAGCUGGUGAUCUUCUUCCCACUGCUUCCACUAUAAUGUAUAAUUUCAACGACGAACCUGAUGUGGCAGUGAUGGCUAAACCUGCUAUUCCUGUGAAAAAAGCAGGCUUACUAGGCGCCUCUAAAAGAGUAAUAGUGUCCGCCCCAGCAAAAUCUUCCAGCAGUUCCAAUUCUGCUGGAGGCGUCGAUGAAGAAGUUUUCUCUAAGCUAUUCGAUGAUGUACCUACUCUUCAGAUAUUCUCAAUAAGAGAUAUUUUAGACCAUAUGAAAACUAUACAGGAAACUGUGGGUGAUCCUAACAAGGAAUGGAAUAAAAGAGUAGAAUGUUUGAAGAAGCUUAGGGCUUUAGUUAAAGCAGGAGCAGCAAAUUUCGAUGACUUUUACGUUCAAUUAAGAUCAAUGGAGCCGCCCUUGGAGGCUUCGAUAAAAGACUUGAGGUCACAAGUUGUUCGUGAAGCCUGUAUCAGUAUAGCUUACUUGGCCCAGCAAUUGGGUAAUAAGUUCGAACAUACUGCUGAAUGCUUGAUGGUCAGUUUAAUCAACCUAAUACAGAAUUCUGCAAAGGUGGUAGCCACUGCAGGUCACGUUACAGUCCGUUUUAUACUCCAGUACAUCCACAAUCCACGUCUUAUACCGAUUAUAACAAAUAGUUUAUCUUAUUCAAAAAGUAAAGAAAUAAGAAAAAGUUGCUGUGAAUUUAUAGAACAGAUUAUGGAACAUUGGAACGUGCACACGUUAGAAAGACACAUAGGACUUCUUCAGGAUGCUCUUAAGAGGGGUAUUGCUGAUGCUGACCCAGAUGCACGAAAUUUGUCAAGAAAGGCUUUUGUUGCGUUUAGAGAACGAUUUCCCGACCAUGCGGAAGUGUUGUUACAGUCCUUGGAGCCAAGUUAUCAGCGUGCCCUUAAGGGCGAGCUCUCGAUGUCAAACAGUUCGUCUACGAACAGUUUAUCAACCGCAGCCGUGGCUUCACGUGUGCCAAGACAGUUACGACCAGUUGCCUCGAUUUCGAGUAAAACAGAUACAGGAAAGAAAGGAUUUCGAAGUAAUUCUGCCAUCGAUCUUCAAGCUGCUCAGAGAGCAAAGGCGAGAGCUCAGUAUGCAGCAAUGGCCAGGCAAAAGAUAGCCUCAGGGACUGCAAGUCUCCAGGGAGAAAUUGCCCAACAAGCUCGUCCGCGAAGAACACCCGAUUCAUCUGUUAUACAGUCUCCUGAGCAAGUUGGAAGAAGGCGAAGUAGAAGCUCGGGCGUUUCACAUUCACAACCAACGAGCCGUUCAGGUUCGCCCAGUUCUAGAAUACAUUACUUGUACAACAGAAGUGAAGAGUCCCCAAGACCUAGGCGUUUAUCGUCUGGUAUUCCUCGUUCGACUACCGGUUCAAGAGAUACUUCCAGAGAGGGUAGCCCUACAAGAGGCUCCAGUAUCUCGAGACUGAGGGCAAGGACUGACCGACCGCCUCUUAGCCCCGCCUCUAGACCUGUUAUGGCUCAGAAAAUACUUCAACAAAGUAGGGAAGCGGAAAAUGCACUUGCAGAUGCGCUGUGCUAUGACGCACCAGAUGGAGACAAUCAUAGACUACACAGUCCCAGAAAAAGUUUACGAUCGAUGGAUAAUCCAUCGGACGAAUCGGAAACUUCUAGUGUUUGCUCAGAGAGAUCGUUCGAUUCUUACCGUAAAACCAUCGACUACUCUUGGAAUGGCUCACAACAGCGUUUAUCAAGCAGGGAUUUUUGGGAACCCUGCCGUGAUAUUGGCGAAAUAAUUGCGAUGUGCAGAAGUACUGUUUGGCAAGAGAGAAAAGACGGACUUAUAUCCCUUCGACAUUAUUUGGAAUCGGGAGCCGUUUUGUUGCCCCAAGAGCUGAAACAGCUUACCGACAUGUUUACAAAGAUGUUUAUGGAUUCCCACACGAAAAGCCUAAGUGUGUUCAUUGAUUCAUUAAACAUUCUUAUUAAAGUACAUAAGAACGAUUUGCAUGACUGGCUUUACGUUUUAUUGCAACGCAUUUUUCACAAAUUGGGAACUGAUUUGUUAAAUUCUGUCAUUGCAAAACUGCUCAACACUCUGGAGAUAAUAAGAAAAAGUUUUCCGGUAAGCUUGCAAUUUUCUUGCAUAUGCCGGUUCUUAGUAGAUUCUACUCAGACUCCCAACACCAAGACGAAAGUGGCAGCUUUGUCAUUUUUAACUUCUCUUUGUCAUACGUGCGAACAAACUCAAUUCCUUCCAAAAUCUCCAACUCUUCAGGCGCUUCAGAAAAUAAUCAUGUUCUCCCAAGACAUGAAAUCGCCUGAAAUUAGAAACGCGGCAAGAAAUUGCGUGGUGGCCGUAUGGAACUGGAAUACUCCUCAAAUAACAAUGCUACUCAGCGAGCUCCCAAAAGAGCAGCAAGAUAUCGCAUCACAUAUAGUUCACAAUCAUCUUAGAAAGAGCUCGUCAGGAAGUGAGGCAGCAAGUCCUAUGAUCGGCAACAGUCCUAAAACGUCCUCGCCGAUUACACCAACAGGAAGAGGAGACGACAUGAACCAUGAGGAUGUAUACAGGAGUUUGAGAAGAACAACGGCUGAAAUACAGAAUUAUAACUAUGAGUCACUAGAUAGGACAAGGGUUACAACAUCACAAGAUUCUGGGAUUUCCCAAAUGUCUAUUGGUUGUGAUAUCAGAAACGAUGUUGCUGCACUUGAGGAACGUAUCGAAGAACUAAAAAUAAGUCCCGAUUUUGCUGUUUCCAAUGAAUCUCAUUCUUUACCGUGCACGGUGAACGGCGUUAAUGAAAAAAUAACUAAUGGAUUCAAUAGCUUAGAAGAACUCGGAGAUAGGGAAUUAGUAGAAAGAAUAAUUGUGACAUGUACAGUCGAUAGUCCAACCCCCGAUUCUGAGAAGCAAAAAUUGCUUUCUCAACUAAUUAUCUUAUUAAAUUCAGGAAACACGGAAAUAAUUAAACAAAUGUUUAAGAAACUUUUACGGAUUUUACUGGACAAUGUUAAUUGGAAAAAUAAAAAUUACUCCAUUCAAGUACUCGUUUUGCAAAUAUUCUCAGAAAUAUUUAAAAACAAAGAAUUCAAGCCGUACUGGAGUCAAUUUGUAGAACUACUCACACUUCGUAUUUUAGAAGCCCAUUGCUCAGAAAAAAGAGAGGUUGUGAAAAUGGCAGAAACUGCGGCAGCAUCAAUGAACGUUUUCCCAUUUAAUACAGUUGUUAAUGUUCUUAGCCCGUUGAUUCAAACGGGCAUUGGACCCACACUGACGGGUGCCAUAAAAAUGCUAACGAAACUGGUUGAAACGAAUCCGGACCAGGUCACUGACGAACAUCUAGAAAAAAUAAUGCCCGGCCUUAUUAAAGCUAAUGAUCAUGAAGAGAGUGCUAUCCGAAAAUGUGCCGUCUUUUGUAUGGUGGCACUGCACAAAGCUGUAGGGGAAGAAAGGUUGGCCCCGUACAUUGCCUGUUUGCCGGGGAGUAAAGUCAAAUUAUUGCGCGUAUAUAUCACGAAGGCGCAGUCUUCUUCUGUGCCAACGAGUCCGAAAAUUUCAUCAGCAAAUCCUUCAGCCCCCGCCCCGAAUAAUAACAGUGACACUGCCAAUGGCAGGAGCUAGUCUUUGGUAACGGUUUCUUUUAUACAUGUUAUUAUUACAUUUUUGUGUAGUAAGCAUAUGAUAGCAACGUUUGUGUAAGAUAUAUUCUUAUUAUUGUUCUAUUUUAAAAAAUAAUAUUACCUAUCCUUAAACGUUAUCCUCAUUAGUCGCAGCAUUUAUUCACGUUUUUAUUUUCACGUUUCGCAUUCUGUUUUAUUUUUU